AUGAAAACCCCAAGAUUAAAAUCAAAAGGCGCAUCCACUCGAUCUCGCGCCGCCAGACGAGAUACCUCUCCCGGUGUUGAUAUCGACAAUUCCUUAUCCUCGCUUCCGCGUGCCGAACGAACCUCUACAACCACACAUUCUGUCCUUGGGGCACGACAUGACUCUUCCGUAUCUAAGAAGAAGCAAAAGCGCCAGACCCGCGCUCAACGUUUACGGCAGGAGAAAGGGUUGGAGCGAGCGGAGGUUGUAAUGGACAAAACCGAGAAAAAGGUUGCGAAAAGCUUAAAGAAAGGAAAAGUUGUUAAAGCACGCAGGGCUGCGUGGGAUGACUUGAACAAGCCCGGCUCCAAGUCGUACAAGGUCCUGCAAGCUCAAACCGCUGACUCAAUGGACACGGAGCAGAAUGAUGGGCAAGCAGAUCCGGCUAAAAAAACAGCAUCUUCCGUUCGCCAAAUGCCGCCGACUGAGCCUAUGCAACAAGAAAAAUUUGAUUUCGAGCUCGACGGAGAGAUAAGCUAA